UUCUCUGUCUUCCUCACCCACCCCCUUUCUCUCCGUCUCCCUCGUCCCUGCACCUCCAGUCUGCUUCUGUUGUCUCGGCGGAUUGUUGGACUGUGGGAGAGAAAGGAUAUCGCGAGUAUUGGAGUUUUGGUGAGAGUUUGUGGAAGAUGGCGCCUGUUGUGACAGGGAAGUUCGGGGAGCGCCCUCAGCCACAGCGCCUAACACGAGAAGCAAUGAGGAAUUAUCUGAAGGAGCGAGGGGACCAAACUGUUAUGAUCCUGCACGCUAAAGUUGCACAGAAAUCCUAUGGCAAUGAAAAAAGGUUCUUCUGCCCUCCUCCCUGUGUGUACCUGAUGGGCAGUGGCUGGAAGAAAAAGAAGGAACAGAUGGAGCGAGACGGCUGCUCUGAGCAGGAGUCGCAGCCUUGUGCCUUCAUCGGCAUCGGCAACAGCGACCAAGAAAUGCAACAGCUCAACUUAGAGGGAAAGAAUUAUUGCACAGCCAAAACCUUGUACAUAUCCGACUCCGACAAAAGAAAGCACUUCAUGUUGUCUGUCAAGAUGUUCUACGGCAACAGCGCUGACAUCGGUGUCUUCCUCAGCAAGAGGAUCAAAGUCAUCUCCAAGCCCUCCAAAAAGAAGCAGUCCCUCAAAAAUGCUGACUUGUGCAUUGCAUCGGGGACCAAGGUGGCACUAUUCAACCGACUGCGGUCCCAAACAGUCAGUACACGUUAUCUACACGUGGAAGGCGGAAACUUUCACGCCAGUUCCCAGCAGUGGGGUGCUUUUUACAUCCACCUGUUGGAUGAUGAGGAGUCAGAAGGAGAAGAGUUCACUGUGAGAGAUGGUUACAUCCACUACGGCCAGACAGUCAAGCUGGUUUGCUCUGUCACUGGCAUGGCGCUGCCCAGACUGAUCAUCCGAAAGGUGGACAAGCAGACGGCGCUGCUGGACGCCGACGACCCAGUCUCCCAGCUCCACAAGUGUGCCUUCUACUUGAAGGACACAGAACGCAUGUACCUGUGCCUUUCCCAAGAAAGGAUCAUCCAGUUUCAAGCCACUCCAUGCCCAAAGGAACCAAACAAGGAGAUGAUCAACGACGGCGCCUCCUGGACAAUCAUCAGCACAGACAAGGCCGAAUACACUUUCUACGAGGGCAUGGGCCCUGUCCACUCGCCUGUCACCCCUGUGCCUGUGGUAGAGAGCUUACAGCUAAACGGUGGUGGAGAUGUCGCCAUGCUGGAGCUGACAGGACAGAACUUCACUCCAAAUCUGCGGGUCUGGUUCGGAGACGUUGAGGCGGAAACCAUGUACAGGUGUGCGGAGAGCAUGCUGUGCGUGGUGCCCGACAUCUCCGCCUUCCGUGAGGGCUGGCGCUGGGUGCGGCAGCCUGUCCAGGUGCCCGUCACGCUGGUAAGGAACGACGGCAUCAUCUACUCCACCACACUGACCUUCACCUACACGCCGGAGCCCGGCCCGAGGCCGCACUGCAGCGCCGCUGGGGCCAUCCUGCGGGCCGGAAAUUCCAGCCUGCUCAGCAACAGCAGCCAGGAGCCCGGCUCCGGCGUCUAUGGCCCCAACAGCACCUCCAACGCAGGAGUCACAUCCUCAUCCUCCACCGCCGCAGCUGUGGUCUCCUAACGCACACAGGGGCCCACUCAAUACAAUAUGCCUUGAGAGCAAAUAUACCAUAAGGUAUAUAAAGACUAUAGGAAAUAAACAAAAACUGACUCACUCUAAAGUGCUGCGUAUAAAUUUUGGAUACAAAGAAGCUGAAAUGGAAAAAUCGGUGGGACAAAGGAGCCAACGCAGGGGAAAUCUGAAGGAGUGACAUCACAACGUUGUCAGCCGACGGGAAAUAAGCAGAAGUGCUCCUUGACGUGCCCCCUCUCCUGUGGUUACUUUAGGGACCUGCCUGUCCAGUUCUGGUGUUUGGAAUGAGUGAAGUUCCUGCAGGCUCAGAGCACCAGCACCUUUCUACAGCUGUGAGAAUGGAAACCACAACAACAAUACAUCCACUGUGUACAAAAAAAAUGUCUCGAAAGGAAAGUAUAUUUUUGCGCCGCCCUGCUUUCCCCCCCUCCCCCGACCCCAGUCUCCCUCCACUUGUUUUAUAAUUAUUCCUUUUGUGUGCGUGUUGUUUUGCAUUAAUUUGCAGAAUCCUAAAGGGGCUUGGAUGUAUUGUUGUUGGAGGGAGCGCAAGGAUGCAGAGGGACACACAUAAAACGUGAUGAUAACAUAGUUUUUAUGGACCAAGGAUCUUGUAUAAGCUUUAGUAAAGGUACAUUUUUCUCCAUACCUUUUUUGUAUUAAACAUAUAGUACACUUUUGUUACCAAAUAGUUUCUAUUCUUCCUCUGAGCUUGGGCUUUGUUUUCCCCCUUUGAGGUCCAAAAUCCCAACCUGUAUGUUAUUGCGACCUUACUACAAACGCCUGCUUUUCAGUCUUUGGAUUGAUUCUUUUGUUUGUUUGUUUUGAUACUCUUCUUUUCUGUUGGGGAAAAUCUGAAGUCUGGGUUGUUUAUUUACAUAAGCGAAGGUUGUUUUUUUUUUUUUUUUUUCGUUUUUUUUCUUUUCUAUUAUUUUUAAUUGGGGAAUAACCUCAGAGGGCCUAUUUUUUAUCAUUGGUUUUUAUGAAGUCUUUAAAAAGAAAAGCUUUAAGCAACGCCUCUGCCUUGCCUGCAAUACUCUAUGUGCGCUAUGUCUCCUGGAACGUAUACACAUCAGUACAUCUCACAUGGAGCCAUAGCAACAUUUGCAGAAUACGUGAAAAAACUUAGACUUCCAUGGUUACGAAAAUAAGUCAGUUUGCCAUUUUCAAACUAAUGUAAUAAGCGUAGUCAUUGACUUAAAAGGAUAGCCUUAGUACUGUAUAUUCUUACUGUAUACACAGUUAAACCCGUCACAUAUCUAAUAUCCUCUAUCUGUCGCUCCAUCGGUCACUGCUAACGUAUCAAACUAUGUAGUGUCUCAAAACUGCACCUAGCAAGGUGUCUUCCAGUGUGUGCUGUGGUUCUGGUGGCAUUUAUCUCCAGUGGUUUUCCAAAAAGAUGGACACUUUUCAAUUUGAUGUGGCCUUACUGAAAACUUCAAUUACAAAAAACAACAAAAAAAAAUCCACCUUUUUCUUAUCUGCUGUUUACUCACCUUGGAAGAACCUGUGCAUAGCACAAAGCAAGCUGAUGCCUCGCUUCUUAUCACAGGAGCUCUGCUGUUUUGAGCUCAUUGCUGCGGCUCUGGAACCACCUUUUCAUGCAAAGCAGCCUUCCAGAAGGAUCUCUCAGCCUUCAUUCUUGGUGUACAAGUACAAUAACCCAGUUGUUUUACUCUCAUGCGGUGCCCGGCACCUUCUCACUUUUGGUACAAUGUCUCACGAGCGGUUUAAGCUCUUUUCAGCCUUCUUUUCCUCUUCUUCCUUUUUUUUUUUAAUUGUCCUGUGGUUUACUGUGUGUACAUUGUGAACUCACUGUCCGAGUAGUUGCACUCAUACAUGUUUCAUGGCGACCGUGUCUCCUGUAGGAGUAUAAAGGCCUUCUAAAUGUCUAUUAUUGAAUAUGUGCAUUUCCAAACAUAACAGCAAUAUUGUACAGGUCAUUUCAUGAUUUUUGUCCGCCUGAGCACUAGUUCACCAGCCAGCAAAUGUGUGUGUGCGUGUGUGUACGUAUGUGUGUAUGACUUUCAUAUAUAGUCGCUGUAAUGGAAUAAUGAGUCAGACUCGCUCCAUUUUAAAGAGUGUUCCAACUCCUCUCCAAGAAAAACAAAACAGCUUUCAUUGGGUUUUUCUGUCUUCCACCAGAAUCCAAAUGUCUGAUAAUUGUGGAGAAACAUUCAAAGGCAAUACCUGUGAUCUUAAUAUUACAGUACAACUGUAUACACUUCCGGGAAGAACAAUGAUACUGUAACUUGAAUGUCUGCUUAAUGAAGUAUUUCAUCAUUUUCUAACACACAGACCCUUGAAAUAGGAACAAAAAAGGAUUCGCUUGCAACCCCUUUGGUGUAAAAAAGAAAAUUAUUAAGUUAUGCUCCCAUUUCGCCAUUCUUGCCCAACUGUUUGUCAUUAAUGUUAAAUGUUUUAUAUUGUAAUAUUGAUAUUUUUUAAAUUAUUGGUACAAAGUUUCCCCUUGUCUUAUGUCAACAAAAAAAAAAGAAAAGUGCAUUAUUGCCCGUGCUGCCUGGGUUGGCCUGGGAGUUUUUUUUUGUUUUGUUUUGUUUUAUUUUUUAAAAAAAGGCCACUUCCUGUCUGCCCUGGAAUCGUGGAGGAGUUGAAGGUGCUGCAGCAGCAGUGUAGCAUCAAAAACCGAAUAUUCUUCAACUCUUGUGACGAGCUGCAGGUCAACCUGAACCCUUUACUCUGCAGGAUGGAGGUCACGAAAUCUUAACUGUAGAUUUUUAACUUGAGUGUUUUUUCUAUAUGUCUUCUAGCUCUAAAUUCAGCGACUUUUUAACAUAGCUUCUGCAUUAGCAUCACCCACCCCUCCUUCGCCGCCCCUCAAGCUUUGGAUAUUUUUGGGUUUCUGUUUACAUGUCGAGUCGCCUCUUUAGGCUAACCACCCAUGGCUCCUCUUCUUCUCUUCCUGCGAGUCUGAACAGAGCAGCUUUGUCACAUUCGCUCAAACUAAUAAAAGGGGUGAUGCAUGCGUUUAGAAAAUGUGUCGCCUUGACAAUCCGAGCUGGUUUACAGUUUAUUUUUCUCUUAAAGCAUCUGGAGUUUUAAGGGAUAGGGAGGAUACACGAUAACUUGAUAACACCUCACUCAUAAAAGGGGAUGAAAUGUCAUAAAGGGGUUUAAAAAAGCAAAAUGUUACAUGCCUUCUCAAAAUGCACGCUGUAUUAACCUGGCGACAAAGCUUUCAGAGAGAGAGAGAAAAAAAAAACACCAUCUCAUUUUAAUGCUUUGACAAAAUAUCUUAACUGCUUUUUUUUUUUUUUCUCCGUGUGUCUGGUCAUGUUUGUUUUACACCUCCAAAAGCAGCUGUUCUUGUGUUUGUUUGUUUUUAUAAUGAGCUCUGAACAAUGUAUGUAUCCUCUAAUAUGCCAAAUGUCUUUUAUAAUGUAGUUUUCAUGCACUGCUAAACAAAACAGGGCAGAGUGAGAGGCAGCUUUAAACAAAUAAAAAAAAAAAAGGAGUGUGGAGCCCUUCUCUGUCGCACUCAGCCUUACUUCUCCUUAAGACUAUUUGGCUGUUUGCACUACAGAGCGCUAACCUUUCUAUUUCUCUCACACAUUUCAUCCUCACUCAUGUUUUUUGUAUGUACAUUUGGAGUUUUCUCACCUCUUCCCGCCUUCCUUUUUUUUUUUUUUUUUUUAACAUGCAGCCUGUUAUGCUUAGCUUUGCAGUUUUUUUUUUUGUCAUUUCCCCUCUCCUCCUCCUCCUCCUCCUCUUCUUCUUCUUCGUCAUGUCCUUCCACUAUCUUUCACUUCUCUCACUGUAUCUGUGUAUUAUUCUAGUAAAUGGUAAGCAGAGGUGUCAUUGUGGUAGUAUACUCAGUGCUCAAAGGGUUGCUGAUGGUAGAAACCUGUGCCGUUUGUAACAUUUAGCAAUAACGUCAAAACAAAGGGGACGGUUUUUUUGAUAACAUUAGUUUGUUUUUGUACAUAUUGCAGCUCCAGAUCAUGCUCAAAUCUGUAUGUCAUUAAAAGAAGAAAAAAAAAAAA